GAAAAUGGCGGAAAAAACGAAAAUAAAAUACGCUGCCUUGUGUUUUGAGAAAGAAGUUGCACGUUGAUGUGCUGCCACUAGGCUGAAGUACAGUGAUUCAAAUGAAUGACAUUAACUUAAAUGGAAAACCCAUUUUCAGAUCAGACGGAUGUAAUGGUACUGAACAUCCAGCGGUAUAUUACUGAUCCCCUUUUUCGACAGCAAACAGGGUUAAGUGUCAUCUCUAGCGACGCUUAUGACAUAACAAUCACAGAUGGAAAGUUCAAAAACAAAUUGGUUCUUUCAUGUGAUUUCAACCAGCUGGUGCAGAAGAAAAAAGGCUAUGUUUCAUGUUGCAAGUUACGUGAAGGGGUGCAUAUCAGGCUUGUAAAGGUGAAAAUGAGAGCUGAUGAGACAAGUUUGGAUCCUUUAUACAUUCCAGUGAUAGAAGAUAUGAUAUUGUUGGAUGAUAAAAUCACAUCUUUGGAUAAUUUGUCUCUAUCUGACAUACCUUGGCAUCCAGGCAAUGAGGUACAAAAAGAGCUCCACCCACUAGCAUCAUCACGUGGUUACUAUCUGGAUUUGUGGUCAAAUGCAGACGUUGAAUGUUUUUCUCAUGCAAAUGCUACCAUUCACAGUGACUUAGGUGAUGUCACUUCAACUGAUUUGUAUACCUUAAAGGAGAUCAUAAGAAAAUGGAAAGACAUUCAGUCACUUAAACCACAUCUUCUUGUCCGAGUAAUGCGCAGAUCACGUCUUGUCCAUUAUGCUCGACCUGACAAACAAGACAAGUGGCCUUUUCAGUUACCAGUAGUAGUAGGAGACCAUACAGGAUGCUGUGUUGCCAUUUUCUGGAAUGUCCUGGGACCACAGUAUCUCAACCAUUUGUCUGAAGGCCAGGUGCUGUUGCUGCGAAACUUCAGAGUGAAGCCUAAGUUUCCUUUACCACAACACCUCCUGUGGAGGCAGCCAGGUCUACCUUGGUAUGAUGUUGAUCUCAGCCUCAAUCCCCAUCAUCCCAUUGGAGAAAUCACUCUUCUGGAUGACUCUGUAUUAGAUGACCUUGUUGAUACUGAUCUUCCUCUGCCAGCAUCAAAUUUUGUGACACGAAAGCAGUUGAGCUCUAUUCCAGAUAACUACAUUUGUGAUAUUGCUGGAGUUAUUACAUUUGUCAGUAUCACACAGAGAGAAAGGAUGAAAGUUAAGCAGGGUGCGUGUGGUGGUUUUUGGAUCAAACGAUGGGUUUUCAUCCAAGAUUAUAGUAGUUCAUGCCCUACUGUGAUUGAACUCUUCAGAGGCACACAGAAACAGUUGUUUGAAGAAAAUCUUAUACCAGGUAUGCUGAUGGUGUGUCGAAAUGUAAGGGUUGUACAUGGCCUUGACCAUCUUCAGACCUCACAUCAAUGUCGCUUUGUCUUUGUCACAUCUACAAAUGACACACAGAUCUAUGUGCACAAUACAGAGGUAGCCAGAGAUUAUCCGUUUGGCCAAGACACCACUCUCCAAGCCAUUUUGAUCUGGGCCCAGGACGCAGACUGUGAAAUCAUUCCUGACAGGAGGCUACAACAGAUAUUCUUCUCUUACCCUCCACUGCCUGUUUCUUUGCAAACUCUUAGUGAACAGAAGAAUAAACUUGAGAUGAUUCCAAGUGAGGCAUGGAAACCCUAUGUGGAAAAAAUGUGUUACAAAGAAACUGCUCAAAUGACAUUUCAAGCAAAAUUAAUUUCAGUAUUAUAUUUCAAAAAAAAGGGAAGGCGAACUUCAAGGGUCCUUAGGAGGACAAAGCAGCAACAGUUUCAGUCUAUGACUGAUGCACCUGUGAUGGUUUUGGAAAACAGAGAAGUAUCUGCAGAUUUCAUUAACAUUGGCUACAAACAUUUUCACAGUUCACAACAAGAAGCUUCCUCAUCACAAGGAACUGGUGACCAGUAUGUCGACACUGAUCUUGACAAUGAAGAUUUCCUGUUGCUACAGUGGCAAGGUUUAAAUGCCAAUGUUAUCUUAAAUACAAUGAAGCCGUGCUACUUUAAAGAGUGCCCACGGAGUAUGACAUUAGCGAUGUGUUUAUCAGGUGCCUUGGAUUCUGCGCCAGGUGAAGCCUGUGUAGGGAUGAGCAGAGAGGCACUGCAAAAUAUUACUAAGUCUCUUGGUAAAGACAAAGAAGAGUCUAUUCACCGAUUUGUUGUUAUCCUGGACAUGCAUUGUGUUAAUGGUGAUACAACAUUGAUGGCAGUUAAUAGAGCAUUUCCCCUGAGGUAGCAAUGAUAGAAAUAAACACAUUAAUGGAAUGACAAAAAUUAGGAAAAUUUGGUUGGGCUGAAAUUAACAUUCUUGAAAUCUUAUAAACCAUACAUCUGUUGUGAGCACUUCCUUUCCCACAUUUUGGUGAUCAGAAUAGAUUCCUGCUCUCUGUUGCCGCAUAUAUGACUUGGUUUUGUAGCAUCAUUAUGUUUAUCACAUUUGAACCUUUUAUCUUCAAAUGCAUAAGAGACUUCACAAUUCGUUGCAAAGAGUUCACCAUAAGAUUAUCAUCAUAAUGACUGGAUUGUGACGUACUCCCUUGUAAAUGGGAAAUGGAUGCAGUUUUAUCAUUCAUGAACCUUCACAGCCAGUCCUGGAGAUGAAUGGUGUACCAUACAUUUUGUUUGUUGUAGGACUAGGUGGUUUCAAAGCUAUUUUUGUACCUAUGGUAAUAAAAAUAUUGUACAUAUUUAGGGGAUGGGGAAGGGGGCUAAUUUCUGAUGUAUUUACCAGGGAUUAGCAAAAAAACUAUGGCUUUGUAAACUGAAGAAAACUGUGACAGUUUGUUUUUAUAUCAGUAUUACAAUUUUUUUUUAUUUUCAAGUAUAUUGCUAUUCUGCAUUUGCUUUGAGUAUCAUUUAUAUGCUUGCUUGCUCUCUCUCUUGAAUUAUUGUAACACACACAUGUGCAAAAGCACAUACAGAUAGGAAGAUGAGAGCUUGACAAGAAGCGGGAGGAUCCACACAGGUACGUAGAGGCUGUAGUGACUUCAUCUGUGCUGAUGGCAUUCACCUUGAGAACGUAAUAAACUCUUUAUCUUCAGACCA